AUGGACUCUCUACAUGUGCUUGCUGCGAAUGCGGCAGAGCGGCCGACUAUCCUUGUUGCUCUGGUCUUGGUCUUUCUGGUAUUGGGGCUGAAGCUAUCUCCCCGGGGAAAGCAGCCGCCAUAUCUUAGAGAGAGAAUACCAUAUGUCACCAACACUAUUCAAUAUUUGACAGACGUGGGAACGUUUUUGGAUCGAGUGACAACAACUCUGGACAAGACCAAAAGCAACAUUGUCAAGUUCCAUGUCGGUCCGAUACCAGCAUACAUUGUCACCGGCACGAAGAAUGUGCAAACAGUAUUUAGUUCCCCGAACAUCCUAGAUGGCAACUUCCUCCAGCUUAUGUUGAUGGAGCGCCACUGGGGAAUGUCCAAGGAAGAAAUCGCCAAGUUUGCAAACGACAAAUCCGGUCGACUGAAGGCCCCAGCCCCAGGAACUGAGAAUACCCCAGCUGAGAAGAGAUUCUGGCGCGGUCACGACCACCUGUACGCUGAGUACCUCAGUAACCGCACGUAUGCGGAUGCCCUCGCCGAUUCAUUCUACUCUCUGUUCUCGGAGCGUCUGGAUAAGCAAUCGACGACGGAAUGGAGCACCGUCAAUCUUUUCGAGAUGCUGAAGACCUCGAUGGCUGAAAGUGCCAUUAUCUCGCUGUUUGGCUCAGAGAUCAUCGAUCUAAACCCUGGUUUCAUUGACUGUUACUGGGAGUUUGAUGAAAUUGCCGGCACGCUUGUCUGGGGGCUUCCCAAGUUCCUGCAGCGACGGUCGGUAGCGAUAAAAGAUCGUCUACAUACGAUGACCAGGAAGCACAUCGAUUCCGCAUGGGAACACUUUGACUGGAACGGGCCCGAUGCUGAGUCCAAGUGGGAACCCCAUUUUGGAUCUCGUUUGUCCCGGGAGACAGCAAAGUGGCUGUCUGAAGGGGGUUUCUCGAACCAGGCGGCCGCUGGACAUACGCUGGCUUCGUUAUUUGGGCUCAACGGGAACACAGUCCCCGUUACUACAUGGGCGAUGAUCGAGCUGAUCAAGGACCGAACUCUGUUUGAGGCUGUGCGCACAGAAGCCAUGGAAGCCUAUAUCACGGAUACUAACACCGGAGCCAAGCGGAUAGACGCACAAAAGCUCAUCAAUCUUCCUCUGCUGCAGUCUCUCUACAUUGAGAUUAUGCGUCUGCAUGUAUCUUUCAACGUGACGCGCAAGGUGAUGCAGCCCAUCCAGGUAGACGGAUACAUGAUCGAGAAAGGGGCCUUGUUACAGACCUGCUCACAGAUUGCACACUACGAGGACGCUGUCUGGGCCACCUCGGAGCAUCCCGCCUCGGAAUUUUGGGCCUGGCGACAUGUACAAUAUGUAGAUUCGCGAGAUGACUCAACUGGGGAGACCACUCGCCAGGCUCAAUUUGCCAUGAAGGGGAGACCAAGCUCGUUCUUCCCAUACGGUGGUGGAUAUGUGAUGUGCCCAGGGCGGCAUUUUGCCAAGCAGGAGAUUAUACUGGCCAUUGCAGUUUUGGUGACGAAAUUUGACAUUGAGUUUGAUGAAUGGCUGGACUCUACUGGGAAAUCCUCGGACAGGCCGGCUCAGGAUGAUUCCAGAUUUGCUGGCUUCAUCGCUAUGUCUCCGGAUCGGGAGAUGAGAAUGCGGUGGAAAAGACGGUGGUAG